CCAUGUUGGAGGUUUAGAUUUGCUGAUUUGGUACUUUGUAAGUCCACACAAUUUACUCCUUUGCUCUAUUUGUGAAGUUCUUUGUUGUCUUUCUUCUCCUGUUGUCAAUGGAAAAUUGAUUAUAACUUGAUUAUUUUCCAAUGGCUUUUCUCCAAAAACAGGUUUCACACCAAGAGGCCUCCUCAUUAGACAAAAGUGACACGUACAACCAGAGCUUUCAGGAAUCCAACAUGCACAAUCACAACUUCAAUGUUACUGUGUAUGCACAUGUGGGGCAGCUGAUAGUUGCAAGCAUUGGACUUCCUUUGACUGUAAUUGCCAUCUUUGCAGUUUAUCUCCUGAUAAAAAAAGAUCACGUCACUCCAGUCUACAUCAUCAACCUUCUUCUUUCUGAUCUAAUUCAGCUCUGCUGCAUGAUUGCAGAAAACUUAGUCAAUGGUAAUGUUAUCGUCCAUUAUACCUACUUUUAUGGUUUGAUGGUCAGCAUAGGAUUCAUGGUGUGUAUCUCUUUGGAAAGGUAUUUAGCUGUUGCGUGGCCGUUGUGGUAUCGCUUCAGGCGAAACAUCAAGACAUCUCUGGUGGUGUGCGUUGUCAUCUGGAUGCUUCCUACGUUUUUCCUCCUUUCUAUUUUAUUAAAGUUGGGUUUUCAGGUCAUAGGAUUCUUCUGUGCCGUCUUCUUCAUCCUGCCGUUGCCUCUGUUAACGUUCUUCCUGAAUCGUUUUGAGAUUCAUGCGCGUCUGGUUUACAUCCAAAGUCUAUUUGGAGGCGCGUCCAGAACCGUUGUGGCUCGUUUCGAGCAUCUAGCGAGGCGCGAUUUGAACCGUUUGGAGCGUUUUGAGCCUUUGAAGCAUCGAGCGCGUCCGACGCUCCACAUAGACAUGGACUUAAACCAGACGCAAAGUUUUGUACACGCGUCGAACUUGAAGCGUCCAAAGAUUUUUGACGCGCGUCAUUAG